AAUGAAGGUGGAAACUUGGGGAGCCUGCAAGGAGGACCCAGUAGGGAAUGUAGAUGAACUUCUCCUUCCACUUUCGGGUGUGGUCCUACUGAGGACUAGUUUACUCAGGAUUAAGUUCAUGAACUGAGAUACCACUGUACUUCAAAUCAUCUGAAUUAAAAGAUAAUUAUUACCCACAAGAGGACUGAAGGAAACAGUAGAACUAGCAAAUUUAUAAAAUUUACUAUUAUCAUCAUCUUUAAGUGUACAGUUCAGUGCGGGGACUGUCUCCAACACAACCACUACAGGACAGUCAGAAUCAGAGAACACUGCCAACUGAUACUACUAAUCCACAGACCCCAUUGGAGUUUCGCAGGAAACCAUGCCGGUGGAAAGGAUGCGAAUGCGCCCCUGGCUGGAGGAACAGAUAAAUUCAAAUACAAUACCAGGGUUAAAGUGGCUUAACAAGGAAAAGAAGAUUUUCCAGAUCCCCUGGAUGCAUGCAGCUCGGCAUGGGUGGGAUGUAGAAAAGGAUGCACCACUCUUUAGAAACUGGGCGAUCCAUACAGGGAAGCAUCAACCAGGAGUAGAUAAACCUGAUCCAAAAACAUGGAAGGCAAAUUUUCGAUGUGCCAUGAAUUCCUUGCCUGAUAUCGAAGAAGUUAAAGAUAAAAGUAUAAAGAAGGGAAACAAUGCCUUUAGAGUAUACCGGAUGUUGCCCUUAUCUGAACGACCUUCUAAGAAAGGAAAGAAACCAAAGACAGAAAAAGAAGACAGAGUUAAGCACAUCAAGCAAGAACCAAUUGAGUCAUCUUUGGGGCUUAGUAAUGGAGUAAGUGAUCUUUCUCCUGAGUAUGCGGUCCUGACUUCAGCUAUAAAAAAUGAAGUGGAUAGUACGGUGAACAUCAUAGUUGUAGGACAGUCCCAUCUGGACAGCAACAUUGAAGAUCAAGAGAUUGUCACUAAUCCGCCAGACAUUUGUCAAGUUGUAGAGGUGACCACCGAGAGUGAUGAGCAGCCGGUCAGCAUGAGUGAGCUCUACCCUUUGCAGAUUUCCCCUGUGUCUUCCUACGCAGAAAGCGAAACUACCGAUAGUGUGCCCAGCGAUGAGGAGAGUGCCGAGGGGAGACCACACUGGCGGAAGAGGAACAUCGAAGGCAAACAGUACCUCAGCAACAUGGGGACCUACCCGCUGCCCGGCAUGGUGACCUUCGUCACUUCCAACAAGCCUGAUCUCCAGGUUACCAUCAAGGAGGAGAGUUCUCCAAUGCCUUACAGCACCUCCUGGCCCAUGCUUUCAGACCUCUCUCUUCCUGCCUCCGUGACCCCCAUGCCCAGCAGCAGUCGGCCAGACAGGGAGACUCGGGCCAGUGUCAUCAAGAAGACGUCAGAUAUCACCCAGCCCCGAGUCAAAAGCUGCUAAGCCUUUGACCCUCCCUAGUGGUUGUUGGGAAUUCUUGGCUUUGUAUUAUUGUUUGUAUUUUAUUUUUUCUCUUACACCUAUUUUAGACAAAUCUAAGGGGAAAAGCCUUGACAAUAGAACAUUGAUUGCUGUGUCCAACUCCAGUACUGGAGCUUCUUUUUAACUCAGGACUCCAGCCCCUUGGUAGACACGUAUCUCUAGAGCCUGCUGGAUCUCCCAGGGCUACUCCCUCAAGUUCAAGGACCAACAGCCACAUGGGCAGUGGAGGUGCUGCAUUGCCUAUGGUCAAGGCCAGCAUGGUGGAGUGGAUGCCUCAGAAUGGACGAGAAAAUGUGAACUAGCUGGAAUUUUUUAUUCUUGUGAAUAUGUACAUAGGGCAGUACUAGCAACACUGCAGUCUGCUUCUGCACCUUAUCUUAAAGCACUUAGGCCUUCUUGUGAUCUUGCUCUAUUUCACAGCACAUACAAUACCCCCUUAUUUCCCUGUUACCCUGCCUCCCACCCUCUCCCAGCCAGUUCCUUUCCUCCUUUUCCUCCCCUCAAAGGCUGUGCUCUGCAUCCUGGAGGAGGAGAAGAAGAAAAUGAACUUUUCCACAGAUGUCCCAUUUUAAGACUGCUUGGGGAAAAAAAAGUCUAAUCUGCUAUGCUUGAAUGCCACGCGGUACAAAGGAAAACUAUCAUGGAAAUAUUAUGCAAAUUCCCAGAUUUGAAGAUGAAAAUACUCUAAUUCUAACCAGAGCAAGCUUUUUUAUUUUUUAUACAGGGAAUAUUUUAUUCAAGGUAAAAUUCUAAAUAAAAUAUAAUUGUUUUUUAUCUUUUCUACAGCAAAUUUAUAAUUUUAAGAUUCCUUUUCUUGUUUAUCAGCAGUUGUUAUUACAUCCUUGUGGCACAUUUUUUUUUAAUUUUGUAAAGGUGAGAAAAGCUUUUAUGAGCUCAUGUAGCAAUCAAAUUAUCCUGUGGAUUGAUAAUAAAUGAAUAUGAUAUAUAGUUAAAUUUUUAA